UCGAAGCCUGCACAUUAGCCUGCACGCCUCUGUAGGAAGGGAAACUGAGGCCCGCCGGUCGGAGUGGGGCGGGUCCCAGAACACGAGCCCCCGCCCCCGGUGGCCCCGCCCCACCCCGGCCCGUUAGAGACCCAAGCGCAAGGCAGAGCGCAAAGUGCAGACAGCGGGCGGCGGCGUGAUGGCAGCGCAGCGGCUGGGCAAGCGCGUGCUGAGCAAGCUGCAGUCCCCUUCGCGUGCCCGCGGCCCGGGGGGCAGCCCUAGUGGGCUGCAGAAGCGGCACGCGCGAGUCACCGUCAAAUACGACCGGCGAGAGCUGCAGCGGCGACUGGACGUGGAGAAGUGGAUCGACGGUCGCUUGGAAGAGCUGUACCGCGGCAGGGAGGCAGACAUGCCAGAUGAGGUCAACAUCGACGAGCUGCUGGAAUUGGACAGUGAGGAGGAAAGAUGCCGGAAAAUCCGGGGACUCUUGGAGGCUUGCGUGAAUCCCACAGAGGACUUCGUCCAGGAGCUAUUGGCCAAGCUUCGGGGCCUGCACAAGCAGCCGGGCUUCCCGCAGCCCAGCCCCUCAGAUGACCCCAGCCUGAGCCCCCGCCAGGACCCGGCUCACACUGCCCCACCGUGACUGCGCCCGCCUCUGCUCCACCCCCAACGCCCGGAUUGUUUCUAAGUUGUAUUUAAUGGUUCCGUAACUGGC